AUGCCCGACAUGAUGGGCUUCAUUGAUACCCUCGUGCCCGAAAGUCUAGCGUCAAUCAAUUUAUGGAAAAUCGCGACCAUCUUUUUGCUGGCGGUGAAUGUGAAAUGCUUGCCUUUCGUGUGGCAUUAUCGCAUCUUUAAACCCCUGGUAAGAGCCGCGUGGCGAACGUUUCGCUCUGGCCCUAAGUUGGCGGUGAUCCCUCACUCCAAGACGCCGACGGUAUUCCUGCCUUCUAUCACAAGCACCUACGCUCCCUUAUUUGAAUGCGACUACAUCAUGCACAAGUCAAACAGUACAUACUUCACUGAUUUAGAUGCAAGUCGAUCAUAUCUUCUCUCCGCCCUCUGUUAUGACGGAUUGGUCACGGUUGACCGCGAACUAGCCGCCGAGGGAAAGAAGGGCAUGUUGGCUGCUAUCAUAGGGUCAGUCACCACCAGCUUUAAGAAAGAGAUCCGGAUCUUCCAGGAGUACGAGGUGUGGUCCAGAAUUCUUACGUGGGAUCGAAAAUGGCUCUAUAUUGUGACCCAUUUCGUCCAGAAAGGCUCAGCGAAACCGACAGGUUAUCUAAUCGCGAAAUCCACGCGCCUUGACUUGAGGAGGUCGACCGAAGAAUCCAGAUGCCACUCUGGCCAACCGGUUAUUUUUGCUACAUCGAUUUCCAAAUACGUCUUUAAGAAAGGGCGGCUCACCAUCCCUCCGGAACGAAUUUUGAGAGCUUCCGGCCUUAUGGGACAGGAUAAUAAGGAAGAGAAACGCGAAGUUCUCCCUAACAAUGUUCAAGGACACACAAGCGACUCGGGCGUUCCUGAAGAUAUAGAGUCGGAACGCCUCAAGGGUAUGAAGUACGCUGAAUCCUGGAACCAAUUGGACUCCCUUCACGAAGAACUACUCAAGCAAGAUGAGUUAGUCAAUGGCGUACUAGCUCUAAAUCAUUUUGGAGACAUCUCGCUUCCCUGGAAACGAUUUACAACUGCCUAA